GGGGCUUAUAGGAAGCGAUAGGUGAGACUCAGGUAAAGGAGGAAGUGAAAGUAAGUUCAGUCUCCUCCAUUAGAAGAGGACAGAAGUCCGGAUUCACUCGGGGUCGGUGUCGGCAGUGUUCAGCUGUGUGUGAAUGAAGAAGAGUAAAUGAUGGAUCUUCAGAACUCCAGCAGUGGAGGAGGACCUCCUGUCCUAAAAAUAAACAACCAGGAUGUUUAAUAAAGAACAGUGUUAAACUGCUGAAAGAGGUGAAGCACAAGCCAUCCAGAAGAAUCUCCUGAAAACGCAGAAAUUGUUUGCUACAUUUCACAGACAGAUGGAGCCAAGUCCCAACAUGGAGAAACAUCAGCACUCUGUCAAGAGUUUUACUAAACAGAGUGAUCUCAAAAAACACCAGCGCAUUCACACAGGAGAGAAACCGUAUCACUGCUCAGACUGUGGGAAGAGUUUUAAUCAACAGGGUCAUCUCAAAAAUCACCAGCGCAUUCACACAGGAGAGAAACCGUAUCACUGCUCAGACUGUGGAAAGAGUUUUACUGAACAGAGUAAACUCAAAAUACACCAGCGCAUUCACACAGGAGAGAAACCGUAUCACUGCUCAGACUGUGGGAAGAGUUUUAAUCAACAGGGUCAUCUCAAAAAACACCAGCGCAUUCACACAGGAGAGAAACCUUAUUACUGCUCCGAUUGUGGGAAGAGUUUUACUGAACAGAGUAGUCUCAAAAUACACCAGCGCAUUCACACAGGAGAGAAACCGUAUUACUGUUUCGACUGUGGGAAGAGUUUUACUCAACAGAGUAAUCUCAAAAUACACCAGCGCAUUCACACAGGAGAGAAACCGUAUCACUGUUUCGACUGUGGGAAGAGUUUUACUGAACAGAGUACUCUCAAAAAACACCAGCGCAUUCACACAGGAGAGAAACCGUAUUACUGUUUCGACUGUGGGAAGAGUUUUACUGAACAGAGUCAUCUCAAAAAUCACCAGCGCAUUCACACAGGAGAGAAACCGUAUUACUGCUCAGACUGUGAUAAGUGUUUUACUACACAGAGUACUCUCAAAAUACACCAGCGCAUUCACACAGGAGAGAAACCGUAUUACUGCUCAGACUGUGGGAAGAGUUUUACUCAACAGAGUGAUCUCAAAAUACACCAGCGCAUUCACACAGGAGAGAAACCGUAUCACUGUUCAGACUGUGGGAAGAGUUUUACUUUACAGAGUGAACUUAUAUUACAUCUGCGCAUUCACACAGGAGAGAAACCUUAUUACUGCUCAGACUGUGGGAAGAGUUUUAAUCAACAGGGUCAUCUCAAACUGCACCAGCGCAUUCACACAGGAGUGAAACCAUUUCACUGCUCAGACUGUGGGAAGAUUUUUACUACCCAGAGUGAUCUCCAACGACACCAGCGCAUUCACACAGGAGUGAAACCAUUUCACUGCUCAGACUGUGGGAAGAGUUUUAAUCAACAGAGUCAUCUCAAACUGCAACAGCGCAUUCACACAGGAGAGAAACCAUAUCACUGCUCAGACUGUGGGAAGAGUUUUAAUCAACAGAGUCAUCUCAAACUGCACCAGCGCAUUCACACAGGAGUGAAACCAUUUCACUGCUCAGACUGUGGGAAGAGUUUUAAUCAACAGAGUGAUCUCAAAAAACAUCAGCGCAUUCACACAGGAGAGAAACCGUAUCACUGCUCAGACUGUAGGAAGAGUUUUAUUACACAGAGUAAACUUAAUAUACAUCAGCGCAUUCACACAGGAGAGAAACCGUAUCACUGUUUCGACUGUGGGAAGAGUUUUACUGAACAGAGUAAACUUAAAAUACACCAGCGCAUUCACACAGGAGAGAAACCAUAUCACUGCUCAGACUGUGGGAAGAGCUUUAAUCGACUGGAGACUGUCAAACGGCAUCAGCGCAUUCACACAGGAGAGAAACCAUAUCACUGCUCAGACUGUGGGAAGAGUUUUAAUCAACAGAGUAAUCUCAAACUGCACCAGUGCAUUCACACAGGAGAGAAACCGUAUCACUGCUCAGACUGUGGGAAGAGUUUUAAUCAACAGAGUCAUCUCAAACUGCACCAGCGCAUUCACACAGGAGAGAAACCAUAUCACUGCUCAGACUGUGGGAAGAUUUUUACUACCCAGAGUGAUCUCAAAAAACACCAGCGCAUUCACACAGAAGAGAAAAAUGUCCCAAAUUUGUCCCAUGGCAAAUCAUAAAUUCCACCAGAAACAAAUAUGAACUGUAUUUAACAAUGGAUUUUACAGGUUCAGCAAAACUAUUCUUAUCCAGGGAUGAUGUGUAUAGAAUUCCAUGUUAUGUUUGUAUGUCUUGUAAGUUUGAAUAUUCCAGGACAUUCUUUGUGAGACAGAGCUCAGUUUUUAGGUUAGUUACUGUUGCGCAGUAAGGUUACAGGCUCAUUCACUCCCUCUGCUGGUGUUCUUGUUUGUCUAUGGUUCAGUCCAAUUAAAAAUCUGUUACUAUAGAGGGAUACAGAGGGAUAUUUGGUUGUGUUGUAUUACUCAAGUUUUAUACUCUCUUAUCUUUUCCUUAUUGAAUAUUAAAUGUUGCUUAUGGUUUUUUUAAUCUCCAAAGUUACUAAGAAUAUCCAAAUAAUGUAGUUUCUAAAUUGUUUUUAUCCAGUACAAACUAUUAUCUUUGUAUUACUUCACCUCUAUAUUUACCCAUGUGUGUUUUAAUAAACGGCUUUUAUAUUGCA